AUGUGGGACAAUGGCAUGCAAUUGGGAUUAUUUUCAGCAGAGAUUCUUAGGCUACUAACUCAAGCCUUAGACAAGGAGGUGGAUAAAUCCUAUUUAUGGUCUAAUAUUUUACAAGAACUGCAGUCGGAGAGGCAGUGUUUUUUGAUGGGAGACUUCAAUAAGAUUCUUCAUUCGGAUGAGAGUACGUCUCGAUCAAAGAUUGAUAGAUGCUUCAUCUCUCCCCCUAUUUACUCUACUUGGCCACAUUUGAUUUUGAAAGCUCUUCCUAGAAGCUACUCGGAUCAUGUUCCCGUAAUGUUUAAUUCGGCUGUUGGUCUAGAUUGGGGACCAAACCCUUUUAAAUCAAUAAAUUCUUGGUGGAAUGAUCCUUCAUUUUAUGACUUGAUUCGAGAUUCUUGGGCUACCAUAAAGAUUAAUCAUCCAGGGGCUGAUUUGGUUACUAAGCUAAGGGAGCUUCGUAUCAUAAUCAAGGCAUGGAAUAAGAAUUCUUUUGGUAACAUAAACACCAAAUUUGAAUCAGUUCAGGCAGAGAUUAAUGCAUUAGAGGCUGAUAUGGAUCUUGGAGAAAAUUCAGAUUUUAAUAAGAGCAGAUGGGAAGUUGUACACACAGAUUACUCCAUGAUUUCGGAGCAAAUUGAGUCUCUUUGGCAUCAUAAGUCGAGGCUGAAUUGGAACUUAUAUGGCAACAAGAAUACAAAUUUUUUUCACACUAUUGCUUUGGUGCACUCUCGCACAAGUCUCUUUCUCAAGAACAAGCAGCUGAUUAGAGUGUUCUCUGAAGGAGAAAUUUUUGCAGCUUUAUCUGAUUGUGAUGAUAAUAAAGCUCCGGGUCCAGAUGGGUUUAACUUUUUCUUUUACAAAAGAGUUUGGAGUAUUAUUAAGAAUGACUUUCUCGAUUAUUUUCGACUUUCUUUCAGUUCUGGCUUUUUCCCUCCGGGUUUGAAUACAACGUUUCCGGUCCUUAUUCCAAAGUUGAAAGGAGCCUCUUAUGUCAAACAUUUUCGGCCUAUUAGUCUGAUUAAUGGAGUCUUCAAGCUACUAUCUAAGGUGCUGACUAACAAGUUAUCUCUUAUUCUUCCAUUAAUUAUCUGA